AGACAAAAGGACCCCGAGUGGUGACACGUGGGUUUGUGCACCCAAAGAUAUUCCAUUGUAAUAAAGUCUACUGAGUGCAGCAUGGCGCCGCAAAUGAAGUUGAUUGCUGGUUGUUACGAGCAGAUUGUGUUUGGAUAUCGAAUACAGACAGGAGAGGAAAAAUGGACAUCAGAAGCCGACUUUACCCAUCAUGCACACACUGCCUCGUUAUCUGCAGUGGCUGUGAAUGACAGGUAUAUAGCUACAGGCAGCAAAGAUGAAACUAUUCAGCUGUAUGAUAUAAAAAAAAGAGUGGAACACGGCUCCCUGUUGCAUCAUGAUGGUACAAUAUCUUGUCUGGAGUUCUAUGGAAGAACACAUUUACUCAGUGGGGGAGAGGACGGUCUCAUCUGUGUUUGGAACACUAAGAAGUGGGAGUGUCUAAAAUCUAUUAGAGCACACAAAGGUCACGUGACAUCACUUUCAGUGCAUCCAUCUGGUAAAAUUGCUUUGUCAGUGGGGACAGAUAAAACACUUAGAACAUGGAAUCUAAUAGAUGGAAGAUCAGCAUUUAUCAAAAACAUUAAACAAAAUGCUCAUAUAGUGAUGUGGUCCCCUGCUGGAGAGAGAUACGUUGUGGUUGUGAAUGAAAAAAUGGAUAUCUACAACCUGGAGACUGCAUCAGUCACUGGAACAAUCUCAAACAAAAAAAGGAUAUCCUCCAUUAGAUUUAUAACUAAUACUAUUGUUGUGGUAGCAGGCGAUGAAGAAACUGUGAAGCUGUAUGACACUGACUCACUGAAGUGCCUUUGUGAGUUUAAAGCACAUGAGAACAGAGUAAAAGCAAUAUACAGUAUCACAGUGGGAGAAACCCUUGUCCUUGUAACUGCAUCGAGUGAUGGAUAUAUUAAAAUGUGGAAGCUUGAUCCUGAAAAGAUUCAGGACACUCCAGCUCUACUUGGUGAAGUGAAUACUUCCGCCAGACUGACAUGUUUGGGUGUGUGGCAGGCUAGCCCAGUGGAAAGUUCACAGCAAGUGGAAGCAGAGGCUGCUUGUUCCCAAGCUGAGGAAGAUGCUAAUAAACUGGUCAGGACCAAAAAGGUGGAAUUUGUUGAAGGCAAUACCUCGACCAAGAAGAGAAAAGCAGAAGAAACAAAAAAGAAAAAGAAGCAGAAGUCUGAAUAAAAGACUUUCACAUAAACUGCUGAAUGUUAUUUACACUUAGAAUCCACCUGCAUAACAAAAUGUGUGUUAAAGAAAUACUGAAUUUAUAUUUUGCAUAUAUAUAUAUAUAUAUAUAUAUAUAUGCAAAAAAACAUAAGAUCAACAAUGGAAUUUGUUUUGCAUGGCCUGGGACUUGUACAGUAUCCUUGAAUUGUAUAUAUUUAAGAUCUGAGAAUAAUCUUUUUAGUGAGGUCAUUUUCAGUGAGGAUUUUUUUUGUUUAGUUUCUUUUUGUAAUUGCUUGUUGUGAAAUGUAUACUUGACAUCUCGCUCACUUUCAAGGUUUACCUGCAAAUUCAGAAAAUUUAUAUACACCUAUCUGUGAUACUGUUCAAUCUAGCGUGCAUUCAUUAUGUGGUCAGAAUGUACGUUUGUGUCAUUAAACAAUUAUUGCUAGCACAAAGUAGUACUAAACUGAAUAACUAUGCCAUAUACUGUACUUCUAAAUAAAUAGUCAUUUUACAAUUGUUCUGAAGCCAUUUGUUUACAAUGAACAAUUUAUUAAUAAUAUACUGACCAGCAGAAGUAACCAAACGAUAAUUCUACUCUCGUUUUUACUACACAAGAGACAAUUGUAUGAGUAUUGUAUUUCUAUAUAAUUAUUAAAUUACUAUCAGUAAAA